GUAUAUGUUUGGGCGCCGCGGUGGGGUUUGCUGGAGGCGGGAGGGAGGCGGUGAGUCGAGAGUAGUCUCCAGCAUAAGUUUUCAGCAUUAUUAGUUACUCCUCGCCUCCGGAUCGCUGAUCGCCUUGCCAAUAUGGACCAAGCAGGGAGUGUAGAGGUUGACUCAACGCAAGACAUCAACUCAAAGGCAGAUGAUGAAGGCACAUCUAAUCCAGAAGGAAGUAAUUCCCAGCCUGAAGAAUUUAUUUCAAUGCCUGAUGAGGAACAACCACAAACUAUGGAAGAGGCUGGGGACAUGAAUUCUAAAUCACAAGAGAAGCCAGUGGAAGCAGUGGAAGAAGAUAUUGUUGAUGUUCCAACAUUGCUCACUCAAGAUACUUUGGAAGAGUCUGAUGUGAUGGAAUGGGAUGCACUUGCAGGAGAUACCAGUGAGGUGCACAAAGAAACUAAUGGAGAUAAACUAUGUUCAAGUAGUGUUGACAGUAGUGAAGAAUGUGAAGCAGCAAAUAUGGCUGUAGUGAUAAUGGAUGAAGAGUUCCCUUCCCAUUCUGAAAAUUCAAACAAUGAAAGUAAUGUAUUAGAUAAGGAAACAAGUGAUCCAACAAGUAGUGAAAGUCAUGAAUUUGAAAAAGAAGAUUCUGUAAAUCCUCUUGCUAACUCAAGUGAACAAGAGAAGACAAACAAGGAAUCUGAAUCUAAUGCAUUGGAAGCAGUAGCUGUGGAGAUGAAUAGCCUGGAAGAAUCUGACAGUGAAGAGAUUUGCACCUCAUCGAAGACAAAUGAAGACAGUAGCUCUUCAGAAACUAAUUUGAACAAAUCUAAGACAUUAGAGCAAGCCAAUAGACAAGAGAAAAAGAGUAAGAAACCAAAUUCCUCUGAACAUUUAGAGGAUGGCACUGCUUCAGAGGUAGUUUCUAUUGCAGAGGUUGUAGUUGAGAGUAGUAAGAGUAAGCCAGAUGAGGGUGAAGAUAUCGUUGAACUUCCAGUUCAGAAGCAACCAGCUAUGCUUGUUGACUUGGAAAAUGAAGAUGAAGUUGUUGGGGAAAGUCAAGGAGGGAGCCCAUACCAAACUGAUGACAAUGUAUCAAAUUUGGUUGAUGAUAAUGCAACCAACAGUGAUGGCAAGAGAAUUAAGUUGAGAUCAUUGGCUUCACUUGUAGACAUUAGUGGUGGGGAAGAUCCACCUGCAAAUCCUGUUGUAUCCACAUCACACCCAGACAUUCCAGCAAUAGGAGAAAUUGUGGAGCAUGGUGUAAUAAUUGGGUCAGAUGAAAUGGAUGGCCUUCAGUUGAGAAUCUCAAAUGUGGUAGGGGGUGAGGAUUGCAUCACUGGGCUCACUGUUGAUGAAGACCGUGACUCUUUUUCUAGUAUUCAGAUCUCUUCAGUAACCACACUUAUUGAGCCCAUGAGUCCUGAAGACCCCAACAAGGUCAAUGAAAAAAGUGAAAAUAGUCAAGAAGGGGAAAGCAGUGGAGAGCCAAGUGUCAAGGCUCGUGCAGCUGAGGGUGAGGGUAAGACCUCAGAGUCCACCACUGAGGCUCAGAAUAGUAAACCAGAAGUGGCUGAUGGUGAUAUGAAUUGUGUGGUGGUGUCCUCUAAGGGUGAUGGAAAAAGUACAUCUGGAAAAGAUGGCAAGCCAUCAGAGGAAAGGGACAAGCCAUCAGAGGAGAGGGACAAGCCAUCAGAGGAAAAGGACUCUGAAAGUAAUGAAUCAGCAAGCCCAAAGAUACAACAUAGCGGUGCUAUUUCUCAGACUGCAAAGGGCAAAGAGUGUGGCCCUCCUCGUCACAUAUAUCAUAUCUUACGAAGCAUUUUGACUAUGAAGAGAGAAUGUCACUUUUGUUUUAAGACUGUCCAGUGCGAGUUCCGGAUUGUGAAGAAGGGUGUAAGUGGACCUUGGGGCUUUCUUUGUUCUCCAUUCUGCCGCUCACAGUGGACUACUUCUUUAGCGUCCAACCAUGUAUUGGAAAAGCCCCGUCUAAUCUUUGAGAAGCUGUGUGGCAUGUGUGGGUCAGACCUUGCGAACUUGACUCGUGAUGGGCAGUACUCCUGGGAGACAAGGGAAUUCUGCUCAAAGAAUUGUCUAACUACCCACAUGACUGAAGUAGCGGGGAAGUGUCACACGUGUAGACAAACGGUGCGCUCAGUGUUCAUCGGGAAGUAUUGUGUCCGCUUUGGUUCUGAUAUACACCAGUUUUGCUCCAACACUUGCCUUGAGCACUAUAAAACCAAGAUAAAAGUAUGCUGCUACUGCCAGAAAAACCUAGACAAAGUUGACAAAGUUACUUCUGUCUCAAAUAAAGAGUACUGCAGUACAAAAUGUCUCAAGAGGGCCCAGCGCAGAGAUAUUGGUCAACAGAAUUAUAGUGAUCAUUUGGCCUGUACAGUGUGUCAAAAUAGUAACCUCAACCGAUAUGAAUUUGUGUCAAAUCAAGAAUCUUUUCAACUUUGUUCUGACCCCUGCCUCAAUGUUUACAAAUAUGCAAACAAAGUCAAAGCAGUUACGUGUUGCCUCUGUUUUCGGAUUAUGAAUGCUGAGGACGUGGCACACUAUCUCUACCAUGGGGGCCACCAGUUGAGAGUCUUUUGUUCAGACUCAUGUGUCAAUGUUUUCAUUCUCUCUGCCCGCAAAAUUGUCGUCUGUGAAAUCUGUAAGGUCAAAAAAUACAAUUUUGAUAUGAUCCACCGGCAAGUUGAUGAAGAUUUCAGAGACUACUUCUAUUGUUCCCUGAGUUGUUUAUGCACUAAAGAGCAAAGUUCAGGGAAGAAGACUAAAAAUGGAGUUACCUCAUCCUCUGCAGCAAAGGGCUCUGUGACUUCUUCCUCCAGCUCAGACCCACCAGUGACUGAUUGCAACAUGUGCAAUGCCAAGGCUAAGGCCCAAUAUCAUAUGGUCAUGUCUGACAACACCCUCAGGAGCUUUUGCCGCUAUGCUUGUGCUACAAAAUACAAGAAUACUUUUGGGUACCAGGUUAAUGGAAUCCAGAAUGCAGACAGUACACAGAACUCACUUCCAGUUAUAAGAGAAGUAGCUUCUCAGGAAGCACCUGCCAAUCAAUCAGAAGACAAAGAGAACACAUCCAAAACAAAGAAAAAAAAUGGGAUUGACCCUGCGGAGGAGAUCAGCUCUGUGACAGCAGAGUUACUAAGACUUCUCACACCACCAACCAUGGUAAACAAGAUGACUUCCUGUCGACCGAGCACUCUCACUAAAGGGGUGUUUUGUAAACCUUAUCCUUGGCACAGGCAGACACAAACAGCUUCAUCAGAUAUCAACUGCAGUCUCUACACCGAGAAACCACCGCCCAUCAUACCAGUGCCUAUUCCCGUAUAUGUGCCGUCACCCAUGAUGAUGUACAACAUGCCAUAUCCAGUGCCAGUGUUUGUUCCCAUACCUCUUCCUGUUCCAAUCUUCAUUCCUACUACAGCCAAAACUACAGAGGAUAUUGCAAAACAGAUGAAAAAUAUUCGAGAGGAAAUGCCUGAAGAUCCAUAUGAAGCAGAAAUGUUACUCUUGGCUCGAGCGUCUAGUGAAAGUGCACAAGGAGAAACCAGAGAAGCAGCAAUACAGGAAAAUAACUCGCUGCCAGAUGGUUUUGAUAGUCAUAUUGCUGACAUUGAUGACCUGAAAGACUUAGAUGUAUCCUGCCUUGACACAGUGGAAGAAGAUGUUCCAAGAUAUCCUCUAAAACCUUUAGCAGAGGAUGCUGAGAUCUUUGAUAGUAACCCAGCAUCUGAUGCUGGGGAUUCAGAUGAAAAUGAACAGAACAAAAGGAAGCGGAAAGUUGAGAAUGACGGAGGUGGCCCAAGGAAGCGAUUAUGUUCCAGUGGAGGCCACAACUCUGUGUGUGACACUGGAGCCAUGGAGCCAGUGCCCACCUCCUCUGCUUUACCAGAUGAGGCACUAGUGGAGGAGUAUCCAGGUCCUUUCCUUAAUAAAAUGUAUGGCCUGGCUGCAUGGAAGAGGUGGGUGACCACAAAGAAUGAAGAGCUGUCGGGUGUGUCAUCCUCCCGGAACAUGAAACUGAUGCCGGAAAACUUGCUGGCCAUGAAUUGUGAGGAGCUUAAUUAUGCUCUCUGUCUCUUCUUGAAAGAUAUUACAAAACCCAAUGGAGAAUUAUAUCAGCCGGAUACAGUCUUCUAUCUACUUCUUGGGAUUCAGCAACAUCUUUUUGAUAGUGGGAGAACUGACUGCAUAUUCAUGGACUUUGGAUUUGAGAAACUCACCAACAGUUUUGAUGAAAUAACGAAAACUUUUCUGAGUGUACCUGUCCCACCAAGCUCCCCUGAGGUAGGAGUUACGAGAAUAACAGAGACCAUGCUGUGGGAGUGCAGACAGCUGGGAGCCCACACGCCACAGGUUCUUCUCAACACACUCUUCUACUUCAACACCAAGGUCUUCAAACUUAAAACAGUGGAGGAUCAUCAGGGUUUGUCAUUUGUUCAAAUUGUCAAACAGCGGAAGCCAACUGCUCAUGAUCCAGACGGCGCUACCAUGAGGACAACCCUCCUCAAGUACUUCACCCCCAAAAAAGAUGGAACAGUGAGAACAGUGCAUGAAAUGCAUGAAAACAGAGAUGAUCCACUAAGAUGUCCUGUGAAGCUCUAUGAAUUCUACCUCUCAAAAUGUCCUGAGUCCCUUCGAUAUCAACAAGGCAUCUACUAUCUUUAUCCUGAACGUUGUUGUGUGCCAGAUUCUCCAACUUGGUUUUCAAGUCAACCAGUGCAGCCGGCCAGCCUUUCUAAGAUGCUGCAUCGUGCCCUCAUGGUCAAAGAAGUACAGGAAUCAUUUUUAGAGUGAUUGGAGUGUACCCUGGUAUGAUGUUAUUUUAUUUAUUUAUUUUUUUCCAAAUGUCGUUGAAUGUAUAGGGUUAUUUUUUAUUACUCAUAUGAUGUAUAUGUGUAUUUGUAUACAGAUUUACUGAGGACAAUUUUCAAUGCCUGAUGCGAUGUCAGUCCUAUGGACAUAUGCACAUAUUAGACAAACAAAAGUAUUUUCCUAACACAUCAACUUGACCCAAAAAUCAUGUGAAAAUAUAUGUACCACUUGUUUUUUUGACUCAUGAUCAUAUAAUCAUUUACAGGCAAACCCUGUAAUGAUGAUAAUUCAUGAUGUGAAUUUUUUUUAUACAAUAGUGAGAUUUUAACACCUUAUUUGCUGUGUAAUCCAAACUUUCAGUUGCUUGGCAUUUGCACCAACCAUUAUGCAAAUAAUAAUUUAAAUAAUAAAUAUUAUUAUUCCUUCAUAGUAUUAUUUGAUUAUUUGUAUUAAAUGUCUAAUUCUACCUUGCAAAUACAAAAUUAAAUAUUAUUAAGAUACCCUUUUGUCCUGGAAAUAUAAACUAGAACAUCUGUACUAGCUGAUAAUUUUGACUUGUGUCAUCUAGGAAAGUAUUUACUUGUUAGCUCGUGCAGAGACAAUAUCCAUGGAUAUUCAUAAUUAUAAUUUCUUACCAGGCUUUUUAUUUACUUCAAAGUAACUGUCAUGAGUUGGAAAUUGAUGUUUGCCUAGACAACUGUCAUGAGUUGGAAAUUGAUGUUUGCCUAGACAACUACUAAAUCAAACUGUAAAUGGAAUAUGGCCCAUCCUAUUUCCAUGGGUCAGGCUCAGCCAUAUGGUCAAGCCAGUAAAAUAUAGUUUUCUGUAUGCUCACUUGGGUUUACAUAUUUUGUACAUAGGUUUAUGUAUAUAUACAGCAACUUUAUACAUUUGUAGCUAUGCUUAGUGUCUAUGAUACACCUUUCUAAGUCAGGUUUAGUUGGCUUCCUGUCAUCCAUCAUGAGAAAUAGACACAGGAGUCACCCAAUCAGCAGAGGAGCCAAGAACAAUAUGUACACCAUGUUUCUUCAGCACGUUUGGUCUGAGCUUAGUUAAAGGUGACUCAUUUAGUAAGGAAUGCAACAGGGGAGGAACUAAUAUUGAAUUUUAGGCAAGGAAAAAGAGACUUAAUAGGAAAUAAAUUGUUGAUGCAGUUCUCUCCUCUAUUCAUACACUUGUGUAACACCUCCACCUAUCACAUAAAGCCAUUCAUGCAGACUAUGAUGCAGUCACCUGUUUGUAAUAAUAUUGAUAUGAAGUGAGGCUAUGAACUUUGGGGAAAGAUGGAUAGAGUUAUUUUAGGUAGAAGGGUUAGCUCUAAGGGGAGGACAGCCAUUUUGGUGGAAAGGUCUUUGCUCAAAGAGGAAGAAGGAAGUAUGAAUAUAAUUGAGAUAAUUCCUUGGCUCUGUGCUCUCAGCACCUGAUUUCUUUUCCUUAGCUAACCUCAAUCUUAUUUGAAAGUGGAUCUCUCUCCUUAUCUUUCCUUCCCUUCCAUUACUUUUUGGUGGUCAUUCAUAGAUCUCCAUGUUAAUGAGGCUGCUGAUUUCCACCAACUACUCCUUAAUCCAUAUUUUACAUUGAGAUAGAUGAGGAGCUUCUAUUUAUACACAAAAUACCUGCUGACACAAUUUAUGGGUUUAUGUCCACCUCCUUCAAAGGAUACGAAGGGAAUAGGGUUUUAGAGCUAUUAUUGAGCUAUUAUUGACAGAUUGAUGGACAGAAGUAUUUAAUUUAAUUCAAAAUCUGAUACACACAUCUGACAGGCUUAGGUGAGGAAAAGAUGGUUGCUAUUGACCAGCCUUAGUGGGCAUCUGAGGAUACUUCAAGCUGGACAUGACCAGAUUUGAUGUUCUUAGUAAAAAUAUGCAUGUAGUACUUCUCAAAAAUUCUUUAGUACAUUUUUAAUGUUGGCUCUUUGUGUAUUGUUUUAAAUGCAUAAAUGAGUGAGUGUUUUAUAAAUCUGUUUUUGACUGAUUGUAGUUUUUAUAUGUAAGCCCAGGAAGACAUCUUUCAUGUUAUAAAGCCUUGGCUUUAUUAAAAGAAAUUAUUUUUGUUUCUGGGAUGUAAUGCCAUUAUACCUCAAGGUUAGCCUCUGUUUGCAGUCUGAGAUUAAUUGUCAUGUUUUACUGAACAAUGUAUAGCAAUGCAAAUCCCAUGAGGAUAACCACUUGUGAUGCAAUACUAAAUUGUUUUACAUUUACUAAAGCAUUUAUUUUCUCAAAAUUGCAAUUGGUAUGAUUGUAAAUACAUGCAAAGAAAGCAAUUUAAAUGCAUUGCAUUUUUAUUUUUACUAAAUUCAAUGGGGCUAUUCAAUUUUUUGUUUUUUUUUGUUUAUAAUUAUUUUUUUUUUGUCAUUUUUUACCUUUCCCUUCCCCCUUUAUAUUUCUUAUGCCUUGUAACAUAUCCAGAUCCCCUCAUAAAAAAAUGUAAUAUCAGUUAGUACCCUCCUUAAUUUAAAAGGUUUCCAUUCUUUUCUUCAAAUACAAUAAUAUAAGUAGCUUCAUACCUCUUGUGGUAUUAAAGAAUCCCAGAUAAAUUCAUAAUGAAAAUGUUCUCUUGCUGUUUACUUGAUUUCUACAUCUCAAGAAAACAGGAAAAAAAUCUGAAAAUGUCUUGCAACACAUGGCUGCCCCCCCUCCCCCCUCACACCACCCUCAACACCUCAUCAUACCCCCUCCCCCCUUAGGCAUUACCUAAUUUUUGAAUGGUCCCAAUACCAUCUAAUGUGUUUAAACUGUUUAUGUAAUAUUUAAGUAUUUCAGCCUUUUUUAGAGCAGCAAUACUAGUAAGCUAAUAUUUUUUCAUUAAAUGCUUGAAAUAAAAUUGAUAAUAGUUAUAAUAAUAAUUAUAUGGAACUCAAAUGAUGGGUUUUGGUUAAGGGAGCGUAGCAUACUUUACUCUUGUUUGAGAACAUCAAAAUUCAAUCCAUACUUUGGUUUAUUUAUGCAACAAUCCUUUUGUAAUGAAGUAUCAUUCCUGUGCUGCCUGAGUAAAACAAGUAAAUCCCUUUAAUAAUAGCGCAAAAGUUCGCCAAAAAUUGAAGCAUCACUUUACUUGACCCGUGACACAGCUGUACUUUGAGAAAGGUUUGCUCAUUGUCUCUUUUGAAGGAGUAACUAUUGUAGAACAUUUAUUGUGGAUUCCUUUUCACUUACUAGUCUGCAUCUGUCCAUAUAAUAUUUUACUUUUAAGUACUAAAAAAAAAAAAAAAGAA